GACGACGAGGACGGCGGCGGCGGUGACCACGGCGGCGGGGGCGGCCACGGGCACGCCGGGCACCACCACCACCAUCACCACCACCACCACCACCCGCCCAUGAUCGCGCUGCAGCCGCUCGUCACCGACGACCCGACCCAGGUGCACCACCACCAGGAGGUGAUCCUGGUGCAGACGCGCGAGGAGGUGGUGGGCGGCGACGACUCGGACGGGCUGCGUGCCGAGUAUGAGGACGGCUUCGAGGACCAGAUCCUUAUCCCGGUACCCGCGCCGGCCGGCGGCGACGUCUGGUCACCAUAUGGUUCUCUGGUGAAAAAAAGAUACUGA